UAGCCUAUGUACAUAUACAUAUACAAUGCAGUAAUACAUUCUAAAUAGUGCAUAUGUAAGGCAAAAUCAAACGGUACAGAAAACUAAAGAUGAAGAUAUUUGAAAUUAUGAUUUGACUCGGGAGGACAACACAAGGGUUAAUAAGCGCGAUAAACCACACCUCCGCAGUCGGACAGCGUGGGGCAGCAAGCGCAAGGACUCAGUUGCUUAAGGAUACACAGGAUAGACGCACAAUGGAAGAGCGUAGGUUUAUAUCGGCCCUUCUCUGUAUAGCUCUGUUGCCUAGUUUUGUAUUCGCUAUUGAUAAUAUUCUGGGAGACAAAGUUACAUUUCAACAAACUGAGAACUGUAAGAAUAGCGGAGCCACACUGGUGCAGGUGCUGGAAGACGGCAGCGAACGGCCGGUAGCUCGUCGGGAUGAAGUUUGGAGACCGGAGCCGGGUUAUGAAGACAGACUGAGUCCAAACGAUUGUGUCAUCUUUAACCAGACAUACAUGAACGACAACGGACUGUACGUGUUAACCUGCGGCCCCGACUCCGAGACGCGGACAUCCCUGCAUAUCGUCCCAGCCUCCGAGGCUGUGGUGUCAGAGGGAGAUCCGGGGAGACUUGAGUUCCACCACGUUACUGUAGGGAAACGGGGGAGUUUCGGGUGGAAAGAAACGGAGAGCGUGUGUUGGAGCUGGACCUCUCCUCCGGGGAGAUGAGAUAUGGGACAGGGUUUGAGGGUAGAUUAUCGCUGUCGCCUCGCUGGAAGUUGAGCGGAGACUUGACGGUGACGCUGCAGGGCGUUAAGCCCGAGGACCAAGGGGAUUUCUUCUGCUACGUCCAAGAUAAAGACCCAACGCGACCGAGGGAAGGUCUCUCUGCUGUCAGGCUGAAGAUCAGAGAGAAGAACCCGGAUCAGACCACCUGCCCCCCGCCGACAGCAGCCGCAGGCAUAUGUCUGACGAAGAAAGAGAUGAUAACUUGGAUCGUUGUCUGCAUCGUUGUCUGCAUUCUAGCUGUGGUUUUGAUGGCACUUGCCUUUUGCUAUGGUCGAUUCUGGAAACCAAAUGUCCCGUCUGGACCCGGCGGAGGAACAGGUCCGGCUCCGACAGAUGGGACAGAUGUGGAGAUGCAACCCCUCGCAGAGCCACGCCCUCCUGGCUCUCACGUUAACGGCGGCCUGCGGCCUAUUGCAAAUGGUAACCAAGAUGAAGACCAGAUCCGGGAUGACCACCAGCAGCAGCAGCACCCUCCAGAAGCCCAGAUCCUCCACAAACUCCUGCCAGGUGGUCCUGUAGCUGGACAGGACGCCCUCACUGCUCUGCAGGUUGGGGUUGAGUAGCCUAGAGAGUGGCUCUCCAUCACACUGGGACAGACACAGAGAUCACUGUUACUGACGAGAAGGCAAAGGAAUGUUUAGAUAAGGUGUUGUUGAAAUAUGGGAAAGGUCAUGAGGCUUCUGGAUGUUAUUCUAUGCUUAUAAAGAACCUGGGGGAUGGAGCCUGAACAGCCCUCAAAAAGACACGGGAAAGGGAUCUGAGUAUUACACUGGAUGAUGACUAGUGGGACAGAAUCUGUAGGAAUAUUAAAACUAUGUCAUGCAA